GUGCUUAAAAUUGGCGGCAAAAUUCAAAAUGAACUUGACAGCUGAUAGCGGACUAUAGCUAUAGCCAAUUGAGAAACAUGGCGACGUUAACUCAUGUAAUGUGGGGUCUAUCUUCAAAUUUUGCAGCGAAUCGCUAUUUCUCUCGAUUGUUGGCCUCACCAUGGUACAAUGUGUCUGUAGUUACAUCAUCCCGAGGAGUGUCAACAGAAGCUGCUAUCAAGCCUGCAGAUGAUUUAAUUAUUAGUGAUAGUUGUGUGAAGCGUUUGAAGGAGAUAGCUAACGAUGGUGCGUGUUUGAGAGUUACUGUGGAAGGCGGUGGUUGCUCUGGCUUUCAGUACAAGUUUGAUUUAGAUUCAAACAUACAGGAGGAUGACAGAAUAUUUCAGAAGGAUGACACUAAAGUAGUAAUAGACUCAACGUCGUUAGAAUAUGUGAAGGGAUCAACAAUAGAGUUUCACACAGAGUUGAUACGAUCUGCCUUUAGAAUAACAAACAAUCCUUUAGCCGAACAGGGAUGUAGUUGUGGAGCUAGCUUUGCUAUUAAAGUAGAGUAGAUGACAGAUGCGUUGUUACAUUGGAUAAUAAAAAUGGUUUGUAUUAUAAUGUAAA